AUGUCUAUAUAAUUCAAAACAGAAGAUGUCGUUAAAUUAAUAUUACAAUUUUUGAAAGAAAAUAACUUAACAAAUUCAUUCAAAACCCUUUAAGAAGAAACAUAAACAUCCCUAAAUAUAGUUCCUAAAAUUGAUAUUUUUAUAAAUUAUAUCAAAUAAGGAAAAUGGGAUUUUGUUUUACUUGAAGUCUAGUUAUUAAAAUUACCUGGCAAUAAAUUAUUAGAAUUAUAUGAAAUAAUAAUAGCCGAGCUUUUAGAGUUAGGAGAAAGUGAAUGUGCAUAGAUAUUAGUCUAAAAAGCAAUAAAAUAAACAAAGUUAUAUUUAGAAUAUAAAGAAAGGGUUUUAAGAUUAGAUUAUUUAUCAAGAAAGACGCCAAUAGAUAUUAAAGAAAUAUACUAAGAUGGUCUUACAAAAGAAAAAAGAAGAUAAAAGGUAGCUGAUUCAUUAUAGUUAGAAAUAGCAUAAGCACCUCCAUCAAGACUUUUAUAUUAUUUAGGUUUUUUUUUUAAAAAAAAAUAAUAACAAUUAUAAAUUAAAAUAUAGGUAAUAGAUAAAGUUGAUAAAAUAGUAAAAUUCGGUUAAGAAAGUAGAAUUUAAUGUGCAGAAUUUAAUAAAAAAGGUGAUAUUUUAGCUUUAGGAAGUGCAGAUGGAAUUAUAGAAUUAUGGGAUAGUAUAUUAAUGAAGUAACGUUUAGAUUUUUAAUACUAAAAAGAAGAACAAUAUAUGUUUCAUGAAAAUAGUGUUCAUUCAUUAUCUUUUUCAUCUGACUCUUAAAUAUUGGCAUCAGGUGAUCAAAAAGGAAUUAUAAAACUAUGGAAUUUAAAAAUAGGUAAAUGUUAUAGAAAAAUAGAAGGAAUGUUUUCAAAUUCAAUUAAUAUUUUAAGAUUUAGUCCUUUGGAUUAAUUUGAUUUAUAUCUUUGUAAUAAUUCAAAUUCUUUAAAAUUGUAUGGAAUAAGAAGCGGAGCUAUAAAAAUGGAAUAUAGAAGAUAAAAAGAAGGAAAAAUUAAUGAUUUUUUACUUUUUGAAAAUGAUUCUAUAAUCACUGCAGGAAGUGAUGGAUUUCUUGUUUAGUGGGAAAAAGAAUCUGGAUAUUAAAAAAAGUAGUAUAUUCCACCUAGAAGUAUUAAUUAGACUGCUAAUGAAGUAGAGAUUUGGAAUAUUUUCCUCUUGGAUUGUAAAAAUAUUGUACUUUGUGAUAAAAGUGAACGUAUUAUUAUUAUUAAUGGUAAUACCUUUGAAAGUAUAAGAGUUUUUAAAUGUGAAGAAAAAGAUGAAUUCGUUUCUGGGUGUAUUUCUUAAAAAUAAUAAUUCAUUUAUGGAAUCACUAAUAAAGGAUAUUUAUAUACAUUUGAUUCGCUAUCUGGAAAAAUGGAAGGAUUUAUGUAAGUUAAUGAAAAUUUUAUUAUUGGAAUUAAGCAUCAUCCAUCUACUAAUGUUAUUAUUCUAUUAACUUUAAAUGGAGAUUUUAUUUUUAUGAAUAAUUCAAAAUGA